GCGCCGGGCGGUGUGACGAGCUAACUGCGCGCCAGGCGGCGGCUGGUUCAACGCGGAAGUGUUCGCGAUGGACGGCACGGGCCCUGGGCGCCUGGCGUUGCAGUUUGCUCCCUUCAGCAGCGCUUUGGACGCAGGUUUCUGGCAUGAGCUCACCCAGAGGAAACUGAACGACUACAGACUGGACGAGAGCCCCCGAAAUAUCAGGGGCUAUUACUAUAACGGUGAUCCUGCUGGACUGCCAACUCGACUAACUUUGGAGUUCAGUGCAUUUGAUGUGAAUGCUGUGACCCCACCUCGGUGUUGCCCUGCUUUCGGCACUCUGUAUAAUACCAACACCUUGCAGUCAUUUAAAUCCACUGAUAAAAAGGCUUUGCUGGAGCAAGUGGGAAAGGAGAUUUGGGAUGCUAUAAAAUCUGGCAGUGCAAUUGAAGAUCCUUCUUUGCUGAACACUUUUCUCUUGCUGACUUUUGCAGAUUUAAAAAAGUAUCAUUUCUACUACUGGUUCGCGUUUCCAGCACUGUGUUUCACUGAAGUGAUACCCAUAUCCCAACAACCGGUCAGCUUGGCGGAAAAGUUCUCCACAUGUCAGAUCCAGGCAUUACAAGACGCUUACAAUAAGCUUUGUCAAAAGGAGGAAGUUACAGCAGUUCCCUAUUUUCUGGUCAAGUACAAGGAAGAUUCUGUUUCGUUGGCCUCUUUGAGAAACUGGAAUGAAUUUUUCAAAGGUCAGACCAAGGUUACAAUUGGUGUCUAUGAUCCUUGUACAUUAAUGCAAUAUCCAGGGUGGCCUUUGAGAAACCUCCUGAUGCUUGUAGCCUACAACUGGGGCAGCUUUCUGGACACGCUUGAAGUUCUCUGUUUCAGAGACCGAACUAUGCAAGGAGUCAGGGACACUCAGCACAGCAUCACCUUUGAAGUAAAACUUCCACAGAUAGCGUCAGUCUCAGAUUGUCCAAAGUGUGUUGGUUGGGAGAAAAAUCAGAAAGGAAGCCUCGGUCCAAGGAUGGUGAAUCUUAGUGAAUGUAUGGAUCCAAAGAGGUAA